AUGUCGUUCCUCCAAGCAGCUCGGCCAGGGGCAAAAGCCUGUCGAUUCUCCGCGGGAUUUCAGAGACGAACUUUCAGCCGGUCCAAGUCUCUCGCUUCACCCAUUACCGCGGAAGAAAUACAAGGCGCUCAUAAAUAUUGCGUGGCUCUUCUCUCAAAAUAUGACCGACCGUCCUACACAUUAAGCACCUUCAUCCCGCGGCAUGCUCAGUCCUUCUACAUUGCGCUGCGCGCAUUGAACGUUUCCCUCUCCAUGAUCCCUGACACCACCUCUUCUCCUACCAUUGGCCUGAUGCGCCUCCAAUUUUGGCGUGAUUCAGUAGCAAAAAUCUUGGCCGGCACACCGCCAAAAGAACCCGUUGCUAUCUUGCUUUCGUCUGCUAUCUCCGAGCUCCAUGAGCGCACCCAGGGUCGCGCACGUAUUAGCAAAGGCUGGCUCACUCGGUUAAUCAACUCAAGGGAACAGACUUUGACAAAUGACCCGUACCCAAACAUUGCAGCGCUAGAGUCCUACGCCGAGAACACUUACUCUACCCUGAUGUACCUCACUUUAUCCGCGUUGCCGAUGGCAUCCGUUACUGCUGACCAUGUUGCGUCGCAUAUUGGAAAAGCAGUGGGAAUUGCGGCUGUCUUACGCGGACUGCCGUUCGUCGCCUUCCCUGCUCCGUCCGCUCAGGCGCCUGCUGGGGCAAAUUCUCCAAUGGGCGGCGGCGCGAAGCAGGGUGCUGUUAUGUUGCCUUUGGACGUCAUGGCGCAGACAGGCGUCAGGGAGGAAGAUGUCCUCCGACACGGAGCUGAUGCUGAGGGGCUUCGUGACGCAGUGUUCACUGUGGCCACUCGAGCCAGUGAUCACCUCAUUACUGUGCAGCAGAUGCUGAGCAAUCUCCGUGCCGGCGAGGAUGUCGGUCAUGACUUCGAGCAUGAGGGCGAGGAGGGACAUGAAUAUGAUGUUGUGAAGGGCAAUGAAUCGCCCCUCGAGGAGGUUAACCGGGCGUUUGGCGUUUUUAUGCCUGCCAUUGGCACCCGCCUAUGGCUAGAUCGCCUCCAGAAGCAGGACUUCGAUGUAUUCAGCCCUGCAUUGCUUCGGUCUGAUUGGAGACUUCCGUGGAAAGCGUACUCCGCGUAUACAAGGAAAUCUCUUGAUUGA